UAAAUUCAUCUUAUCUCUGUUGCAUAUAUUUUCGACAACAAACGAAGAGAAACAGAAAAUAAAAUAACGAAAAAAAGAAGUAGAAAAAACAAAUGGCAGCAGCUUCGACCACAGUUUCAUUGCAACACCCCCAAGCCAUAAAUCCCGCAUCCACUUUUAUCAGCAACACUAAUUAUUUCAAGGCUCCGGCGCGUCGGAGUUGUGGUGGAGUGAGGUGGAGGCUCGGAGGAGCUGUGCGGUGCGAGGUGGCGGCGGAAGUUGGAGGGGUGGUGGCGGAGAAAGAAAAGCGGCUGUCGACUUUAAAGAGUGGGAAUGAUUAUCUGGAGAUAUGCAGAGUGCUCAAUGGGAUGUGGCAGACGAGUGGCGGGUGGGGCAGAAUUGAUCGAGACGACGCCGUUGAGGCCAUGCUUAAUUAUGCUGACGCUGGUCUUACCACCUUUGACAUGGCUGACCACUAUGGACCUGCCGAGGAUCUUUUUUGGAUCUUCAUAAAUAGAGUGCGUCGAGAGCGCCCUCCUGAGGUUCUGGAAAAUAUCAGAGGCCUAACGAAGUGGGUUCCUCCACCGGUGAAGAUGACUAGUAGCUUUGUACGUGAUAGCAUUAAUGUUUCGCGAAGGAGGAUGGACGUUUCUUCUUUGGAUAUGCUGCAGUUUCACUGGUGGGACUACUCUAAUCCUGGCUACCUUGAUGCACUUAAACACCUUAGAGACCUGAAAGACGAAGGUAAGAUCAAGACUGUUGCUUUGACCAACUUUGAUACUGAGAGAUUACAGAAAAUUCUGGAGAAUGGUAUUCCGGUAGUAAGCAAUCAGGUACAACAUUCAGUCGUUGACAUGCGUCCUCAGCAGAAAAUGGCAGAGCUUUGCCAGCUUACUGGAGUAAAACUUAUAACAUAUGGAACGGUAAUGGGUGGCCUAUUAUCUGAGAAAUUUCUUGAUACCAACCUAUCAAUUCCUUUUUCUGGCCCUCCAUUGAAUACCCCUUCACUGCAGAAGUACAAAAGGAUGGUUGAUGCAUGGGGAGGAUGGAGUCUCUUCCAAAAUUUGUUACAGACACUAAAACAAGUAGCUUCUAAACAUGGAGUGUCAAUUCCAACAGUUGCUGUGAGAUACGUACUAGAUCAGCCGGCGGUGGCUGGAUCAAUGGUAGGUGUUAGGCUUGGCCUAGCAGAGCACAUUAAAGAUACCAAUGCUGUUUUUUCACUCGUUCUUGAUGAAGAAGACUUGAGCAGCAUCCGAGAAGCUUCAGAGAAAGGGAAAGAUCUUCUAAAAGUGAUUGGGGACUGUGGAGAUGAAUACAGGCGUGCAUAAUAACCGUAAUGGAGUUGUAGCAAAAUACAUUUUCCGACAAACAUGAUGCAGUAAUUUAUAUUUUGUACAUCAGAAUCAUCUUCUGUUGGUCAGAGGAGGUAUAAUCUACCAUUUGUAGCUAAUUCCCUUGUAAUUGUAGCUUAACAAAUGCAACUCUUCCAUGACAAUCGAUGCUUUAACUGCUCUGGCUUCAUCAAUCUUCAAUAUAUUUCAUUAAAAAA